CAUCGCUCUCAUAUUACAACUAUGAGUUUCUAUACAUAUGACGCCGUUGUCUUCCUGGUGCUCGUCCUUCUAUAUGGCUGCAUUACCACUACCCUCUAUAGCACGCAGGAUGAAGCUGAACCACAUAUGGUCCCUACCAAGCUACCGUUUUUGGAAGCUACUAUCGGAAUUCUGCGAGGGAAAGCUGGGUACCUAGUCGAAACUAAGAAAAAGUUUCCCUUGCCCAUAUUCACUCUCCGUAUGCCCUUUCAGAGAGUGUAUGUGGUCUGUGCGAAUCAAUUUAUCCACGCCGUUCAGUCCAAGGCACAUGCUGCCGCAUUUGUUCCGACACUCCUCGAAUUUGGUAUCCUCUUUAGCGGCAUGGCCAAGAGCGCGAAAAAAUGUCUACAAGCGGGCUACAAAAAUGGCAAUCAAUUCACUGCUAGUGUACAUAGCUACCUGCUUUGGGGACCAACGCUGCAGUCUGCUACCCGACUAGCUAUGGACAGGCUCAUCAGCAGCAUGCACUCUGGGUUCAGUUCACCCGAUCGAGUUGGGUUGCUGGAGACCACUCAGCACCAGCUUACUCUCGCCAUGACGGGUGCCGUUUACGGUCCACAUAAUCCUUUCAACGAUCCGGCUAUGGAGGCAGACUGGAAUGUCUUCCAAAGGGGCAUCUCGCAUCUUGUCAAUAGUCCCUUCCCUUGGCUCACAGCACCCAUGUCAAUCUUUGCUCGCAAUCGUCUUACUCGUGGUUUCCAGCGAUACUUCGAGACGGGUGGCUAUCUGGAAGCAUUCGCCAUGAUUCCCGAGAUGUACAAUAAGAGCUUAAUGCUAGGCAUAAGACCUGAUGAAGCAGCCAAGAUGGAAAUCGCCACCUCGCUGGCCAUGCUUAGCAGCGGGUCUAUCACUGCAUUCUGGCUGCUCCUGCACAUCCUCUCUAAACCUACCAUCCUACGCACAUGUCGAGAGGAGCUUAUGGCCCUGGCUUCCACCGCGCCUAUCCGAGUCGUCGACACGAGCUUGAUCAAGACGAAUUGCCCAACUAUCAUGGCCAUGUUCCAUGAAACCUUCCGCUACCACAGCUCCGUCGUGAGCGUUAAGAAGGUCGCGCACAAUACCACCAUCAGUGACUCGUUUCUACUCAAGAAAGAUGCCUUGAUCAUGAUCCCAGGGCCGCUCGUGCACCACGACCCUACUAUAUGGGGCGAAAAUGCCGACAGAUUCGACCACACACGUUUCCUGACCGAAUGUGGCCAAAAGAAGCUGUCCAACACCUCGGCAUUCCGCCCGUUUGGUGCUGGCGCUACCGCAUGUCCUGGACGUCAUUUCUCCACCAACAUCAUCCUCACUUUCGUCGCCAUCGUGGUGCUUGGCUUCGAUGUCGAAGCCUCGGAGUCAUGGACUGUGCCGACCGUUAAGAACGCCGACAUGUGGAACGCAAUGCCCAAGCCUGAUUCAGACAUCCCCGUUUUCAUUCGACCCAAGUUUACGAACAAGGCCGAACGUUUCAAGUUCGUAUGGGGCUCUGAAGAAUCCUGA